GAUUAAAAGGUCAACAGGUGAUAAUUUUUGGGGGGAAAAACGAAACGGUUUCCGGUUUUAGUCAAGAAGAUUCAAUUUAUAAUUUGGAACUCAAUAAUUUCAAAUGGAGUAUUCCAAAAGUUUCCGGAAAACCUCCGAGAUCUCGACAUUUUCAUACUGCAAAUCGAAUUGGAAGUUACAUGGUGAUAGCAUUCGGGAAAGGUUAUGAUCAAAAUACUAUGGAGAAUGAUGUAUUGUUGCUAGAAAUUAGUGAUACAGGGUAUAGUUGGACAACAGAGUUUAAUCCAUUUUCUGAGCCACAAUCUUAUAGCAUAUUUAUUAUUGGUGGCAUUGUUAUUAUCUUAUUGACG